CUCCCGGCUGCUGCCACCCUUUAACAGCAGCGGCUCCCCGCUUUCUGCUUCAUACUUACCAGUUCUACUGCAAAGGAAGCAGCAAGCAUGGCCAGAACCAAGCAGACCGCCCGUAAAUCUACUGGAGGCAAAGCUCCUAGGAAGCAGCUGGCCACCAAGGCGGCCCGCAAGAGCGCGCCGGCUACCGGCGGCGUGAAGAAGCCUCACCGCUACAGGCCCGGUACCGUGGCUCUGAGAGAGAUCCGCCGCUACCAGAAGUCCACGGAGCUGCUGAUCCGCAAGCUGCCCUUCCAGCGGCUGGUGCGAGAAAUCGCUCAGGACUUCAAGACCGACCUGCGCUUCCAGAGCUCGGCCGUCAUGGCUCUGCAGGAGGCCAGCGAGGCUUACCUGGUGGGUCUGUUCGAGGACACCAACCUGUGCGCCAUCCACGCCAAGAGGGUCACCAUCAUGCCCAAAGACAUCCAGCUGGCCCGCCGCAUCCGCGGAGAGAGAGCUUGAAAAGUUCCUCAGCGCUCCUCAAACCUCAAAGGCUCUUUUAAGAGCCACACACUCUCACUCAAGAGCUUUUUCCUUGUAUAUUACACAUUUUCUAAAUGUAACUAAGUGACGAAGAUAAAGACACC